AUGGCAAGAGAAUACUAUCGUUACGACCCAUCCCUCCCCGCCGCUAUCAUCUUUACCAUACUCUUCAUACUAUCAGCGGCGGUCCACGCCUUUCAGCUGGUAAAGUCAAAGACAUGGUACUUUGUGCCAUUCCUUGUUGGCUGUCUUUUUGAAGCAAUCGGGUAUAUAGGAAGAGCAAUCAGCGCGGCACAAACUCCUGACUGGACUCGGUCACCGUAUAUCACCCAGGUUCUGCUAUUACUCCUUGGACCGACUUUCUUCGCCGCGUCGAUUUAUAUGAUUCUGGGGCGAUUGAUCCAACUUCUGAAUGCAGAGAAGUACUCAUUGAUCAGGCCAGGCCGGUUAACGAAGUUCUUCCUUAUUGGAGAUGUUAUAUCUAUUGCAGCACAGGGGUUAGGUGGCGGAAAGCUCGCAAACGCAGAGACCCCAGACGAGAGAGACCAGGCACAAACGAUAAUCAUCAUCGGGCUUGCCAUACAAAUUGUGUUUUUUAGCCUGUUCAUGGCUGUCACCUGCGUCUUCCACUACCGAAUCAACAAAAAGCCCACAGCAAAGAGCUCUAGCAUCAACUCUCCCUGGGACAAGCUUCUUCUAGUGCUGUAUGCAUCGAGUCUCCUCAUCCUGGUACGGUCCGUGUUCCGAGUGGUUGAGUAUGUCACAGGCCACGAUGGCGAAAUCCAAUCUAAGGAGGUCUAUAUUUAUAUUUUUGACGCUUUGUUGAUGGCUAUUGUGGUUGUGAUUUUCAACAUUUUUCAUCCAUCUGAGGUCCUCAGUAUCCCAGGCAGGGAUCGUCCGAAUUACUCAGACUCUGAGAUGCCACUGGGCGCCUAUGGCAUUAGCCACUAG